GUGUGGAUUGCGAGCCGGCGAUGAAUAGUUUCUCUUUUCCCCAGUGCAAACAAGAGCUACUGAUGCAGUGAUGCUUACGUUUGAGUAAGACAAAAAGCCGUUUGAAGUGGGCCGAUUUUGGGCAUGGGUUUCGACCCGCCAGCCCACUGGGCAAGUGGGCCGGACUGUUUAGGCCAAUCCGGGGAAUUUUCCGAAAGACACCUCCUCGUCUCCCCCUCUGUUCCCAUUCCGUCCCCGGCCUCUCCGCCGCUUCCGUCCGCUGCUCCUCGCCGACGAAAACCCUACGGCACGCGCGCCGUCGUACCUCGCCUCUCCAGCGCUCGCGAUGUACGCCGACAAGGUCUCCGGACGGAAGAGGUCCAUCAUGGACCGCCUCGGCUCGGGCGGCGGUUCUCGCCCGCGGUCCGAGUCCGCGAAAAGGUUUCGCCAAGUUGAUGGGACUUGGAGACGUGAGCUUUAUAAGGAUUCUGAAGGAAACCAAAUUUCGUCCGGACUUGCUUCCAGAAAUCUUCAAGCACACCAAAAAUCACACUUGAAGCAAAGCACUGAGGUGGUGAAGAAAUCAUCAGUACCAGAUCUCCGUGAAAAGUUAUCUGGAGUUCAGCGCCCUCAACUCAACAGUAUGGUUCAGAUCCCAAAACCUGCAGUAACAGAGAUUGCUAAGAGUGCUAAACCUGUUCAAAAGAGGGAACUCUCUGCUCCUGCUCCUUCUGCUGCUGCUGCUGCCCUUCCUGCUACUAAGAAUGUGAAUGCACCAACUGCACCGAAGCAAUCCCAGGAAAAGGCUGACUCCUCUCUUGACAGAUUACUGAAGUCCCUUGAUCUGGAGAAGUAUUCCAUAAAUUUCCAGGCUGAAGAGGUUGAUAUGAAAGCUUUGGUUCACAUGAAUGAGGAAGAUAUGAAGUCUUUAGGAAUUCCAAUGGGUCCUCGGAAAAAGAUACUAUCAGCAUUGGCUUCCAAAAGAAAGAAGUCCUCGAGAUCAUUACCGCCUACCAGCUGAAGCCAUCGUUGGCCUAGUAGCUAGAUGACUUGUUGAUUUUGGAUGUCCCUAACGCCAUGACCAUCGUUCGGAGUAACUCCAUUUACGGGCAAGAUUCCUAUCUACCGAGAUGAUGUAUAAAUAGAGAACCCCAUGAUCUGCGGUGUUGUUGUAACGCAAGACAACCAACAGUUUGCUCGUAGGAGAUCUGUUUCGAGGAUCAUUUCUGUUGCAUACCUGUUUAUGGUGAAGUAUGAUACUGCUUGCACUGCUUGCAAACUGAUCCUCUCAGGUUAAACAUCACGUUUGCUCA